AUGGCGAUCGCCGUGCUAGCAGCGUAUGGAACCUACGUGACUUGUUUUGUUUUGGGAGUCUGCUGGAGCUGGCCUCAGUUCGUGGAAACCAAUGAACCCGACAAAGUACGGCGCAGUCUUUUCGGUCUGUGGGUUUUGCUGACUUUGGAAGAGUGGUUGCUAUACAUCCUGGGUGUCGUCUCGCUUUGGAGCCUGAUCAUUUUGCUCUUCUGCAAUGUCUGGGGGCACCUGGAUGCAUUCCUGCGCUUUCCAAUUGUCCAUGAUCUCGAUAGUUUCUUCGCAUUGAAGCAACUUUUUCUGCUCCUGUUUAAAAUUGGAGGAUACCUCUUGGGUUUCAAGAUGCUCCGGCAAAAUCUCGCCUGGGCCGUGCUAGUUUUGCUGCUGAACGUGUGCACUCUUCCCAUCAUCUGGCUGACUGCCCUGCCCAUUGGGGAUGUCACCAGCUACCAUCAAAAACACGACGUGAAGGAUCAGGAUUUGGCGCUGCGCCUCUGGCGUGUGGUACUUGUCCCUACGGAUCGCUCAGCUGCUAUGACUUCUUUGAAAUCCUCAGGCCGCAAGAUGCUGGCGGCGCUGGCCAACGCCAUGCCGUGGCUGAAACCGUGGGUACUGCGGAUUGAUCCUGUGAUGGCUGCGGACGCGGCCUCCAAGACAGCAGCCAACGAAGCCAGAGAGGCUUUGACUUUGCUUGGAGGAUUACUCUCCGCAGAUCUGGAACAAGGCUUCCGGGACUCUGUUCUGAAGCUCCAGGGCGUUGUGUACCUGGUACUGGUGGAUGUUCACCUCAGAAGUUCCUUGGAGGAAGCCCAAGAAGCAGCGGAAGCCGCGCUAAAGAGUUUUCGCAGCAGCACGAGACGCGAAGCACGCGAAGCUGCAGCUCUCAACGCCUUGGCCAAAGUGCUCAUUGCCAAGCAAGAGACCGGGAAUCCCAGACAGUGGCGCCAGAGGGGACCAGCUGCGCCAGCCUGUGGCGGCCAGGGCAGCAGCAAAGGAGGACGCCUUGAAUCGGUUGGCUUUGGGAUGGUCCAGUUGAUGGCAUGGGAAAUCCUUGACAGAUACGAGUUGAAAGAGAAAGAAGGAGAAAAGGAAGCCAUGCAGUUGUUGGUCAGUGCAGAGCUGGCCUCCAAUAGUGGCUCAGCAAUGCACACGGCCAAGCAGGCAGUCGAACGCUUUCAGCAUGAGGGCGAUCGCAAGAACGAAGCCCUGGCCCUGCAGACCGUGGCUAAUCAGAGGCAUGCGGGGGAGGUAUAA